UGUCCUCAUAUAAAUGAUACCUAUCAAGCAAACGUGAUAAACCAGUUCAUAAUAUCGAGUUAGAAAAGGUUCUGCCCGCGCUCAAACUGAACAAAGACCUUGGGUCGGUUCUAGAGGUCACUUACUAACGGUCUGUUUCAAGGUCGCGGAUUUUUGUUUGGUAUAUUGUUCACUGUUAUCAACAAAACACCCAAAGACUCCCCGAAUGCUUCAAAUACCAUCGAUUAAUCGAAAUUCGUCAGUUAAAACAUCACUUUCAACGAUCAACGUUUUGAAACACAUUGUCGAAUCAGGAGAUUGGUGUGAUCUAAAAAGCUUGAUUGAUUUAAUUAUAAGAAAGUUACAUGAUCUCUGUAAAUGCUCAGAUGACAACACCGUAGUCCUCAAUACAACGUUGAGAGUUCUAAAAGCCUUUCGUGAGGAAGCACUCAAGUUUCAAAUGGGGGAAAAUGCAGACUUUGAGGAAAAUUUGACAAACCGCCUUUUUGCUGUAGGAAAUGAAGCUUAUGAAACAGUUUCUCGUAAUGAUAUUUUAGAGCCUAUCAUUAGCACACUGGAUGAUUUGGCACUUGAGGUAAAAUCUUGUCUAACAAGUUUGGGUGAUUUAUCUCUGGAUUUUAUCCAUUCCGAUGAACUCAUCAUGACUUCAGGGUAUUCCAAGGCAGUACACCAUUUUCUUCGUCACGCGGCGAAAAGAGGAAGAAACUUCAAAGUUAUAGUCUGUGAAUGUUAUCCUGACAACUUGGGACAUAAAAUAGCUGAAGAACUGUCAAAGGAUAGUGUCGAUGUCAUUCUGGUCCCUGAUAGCCAUGUUUUUGGCUUAAUGUCGCGAAUAAAUAAAGUAAUUGUUAGCUGUCAGGCUGUGUAUCCUGAUGGAACGUUAAAAGCUAGAGUGGGGACUUAUGGCGUUAUGCUUGCAGCUAAAAGUUUUUCGAUCCCGAUCUACGUUUGUUUGCUGCAUCACAAACUCUCUCCUAUUCCAUUCAAGCACUCUUCUCGAUCAACACCAUCAUUUUCUGUACAGCCUACUGCUAAUCCCAGUGAUAGUUCGCCAGAUUGGCUGGAUAGCCCAUUAGUUAUUUUACCGCCAAAUGAGCCGAAACUAAUUAACCAAGGGUUAGUUUAUCAUCAACCUAGCGAGGGUCCGGUUGUUUGGGUUCCAAAAUGGGAAAUUAUACCUUCAGGUCUUGUCAGUUUAUUUUUGACAAAUCUUGGCACUCAUGCCCCAUCAUAUUUAUAUGCUCUUGGACGAGAAUUGUUCCACUCUGCAGAUAUUAAGACAAUCAUGAUAUGGGAUCAAUAACUCAUGAUUUGUGUAAAAUAUUUUUAAAAGUUUUUUUUUGUUAGAAAGUUUUGAUUUAUUCAGCAAGUGGCUUCAUAUAAUCAUAAGAUUUAAUCGUACCCACUCACUUAAAAAAAAACCCGAGAAGUUUGAUUAUUGACAUGUGUAAUUCAUCACUAAGACAAGUGUAAAGACGAUUUAUAAUCAUUUUGACUUGUGUUCCUAUUGUAUUUUUCACCAUGCGUUCAAUGUUAAUACAUCGCUGUCAUAUUUGUAAGUUACUACAAAGUGAUCACGGUUAGUUGUCGAAUAAAAAGCAGGAAGCUUAUCAA